AUGGAGCCUCUCCUAGGAGUCAAACUCGGCUGCCUCUUUGCCCUGUUGGCUCUCACCCUGCUCUGUGGCCUCAUCCCCAUCUGCUUCAAAUGGUUCCAGAUUCAUGCAGCCACAGGCCGCCAUCGCAGGGUGCUCAGUCUCCUGGGCUGCGCUUCUGCGGGAGUCUUUCUGGGAGCAGGGCUCAUGCACAUGACCGCUGAAGCUCUGGAGGCCAUUGAAUCCGAGAUCCAGAGUUUCCUGGUCCAGAACAGGACAGAAAAUGAGAGAAAUUCACCUGAGCUUGCUGAUUCCGCUCAGGUGGACUACCCCUAUGGAGAACUCAUCAUCUCCCUGGGCUUCUUCCUGGUCUUCCUGCUGGAGUCCCUGCUAUCGCAAUGCUGCCCUAAGAUGACUGGGCCGUCGUCAACCGUGCAGGAGGAGGAAUGGAAUGGGGGGCACGCCUUUGAACUCCACAGCCAUGAGCCUCUCCCCUCACCCUCCCAGGGUCCCCUUCGAGCCCUGGUCCUCUUGCUCUCGCUGUCCUUUCACUCGGUGUUUGAAGGUCUGGCUGUGGGGCUGCAGCCAACAAUGGCGGCGACGCUGCAGCUCUGUCUCGCUGUCCUGGCUCAUAAGGGGCUCGUGGUGUUUGGUGUCGGACUGCGGCUGGUACAGGUAGGCACCGCAUCGCGAUGGGCCGUGUUCUCCAUACUGGCAUUGGCUCUGAUGUCCCCUCUGGGCAUCGCUAUAGGGCUGGCAGUGACUGAAGGGGGCUCUGAAGGAGGGCAGGGUUUGGCCCAGGCAGUCUUAGAGGGAGUAGCAGCUGGCACCUUCCUGUAUGUCACCUUCCUAGAAAUUUUGCCCCGGGAAUUAGCUUCUCCUGAGGCCCCUCUGGCCAAGUGGAGCUGUGUGGCUGCUGGUUUUGCCUUCAUGGCCUUCAUUGCCUUGUGGGCAUGA